CGGGCGGGGGGUGUUGCAUUUAGUAAAACGCACACAAUUCAGGGAUGUGCCCUGAGUAGGGAUUUCUUAUGCAAUGGGCAAGGUCUGACUUUUCCUGAUCUGACUGUUGCUGGAAACAGCUGCAGUGGGGCGGGAUGAGUGGGAGCAGAGUCCAGGCAAAUUUCUUCAGAGGAAGAAAGAUCGGGAGCUAGGGAGCUUCCCGAAGUGCUGGAGCGGUGCGGGACUGGUGCAGAGGCUGAGAUUCGGAUGGAAGUUGAGGCACCAGAGGAAAUUCCGGCAACAUCUGCCCUGGAAUCCCCUCUGCCACAUGACAAACCUUUUGCUCAUCCAGCACCAAAUUCAUUGGCGUCUGCAUUGGACACAAAUAAAAUUUUGAGCACUAAUGGUAACAACACGACUGAAAUUCAAACGGACAGCAGAAUCAACCCAGCGACCGUCACCGACAGUGCAACCACAUCAGGACGUCCACCAUCUCAAACCUUUUCUGCCAGUUUCACAGGAGAAAGCACUUCUCUUCCUGAACCUACAGAGAAGAGAACUAAGAGAUCAGAGACAUCGAGUGGCUCGUUGGGUUUGUCAGCCGAAGAAUCUGCUCCUGACUCCACACCAAAUGAAAAUCUGAACCCACAAGACAAAGCCAACAUAUCUGCAGCAGGUGGAGAAGGGGUGGCGACUCCUGAGGCUCAGACAGUGGAUCAGAAUAUACAUGACACUCAGAUUGGAAGCCCAACAUUGGGUACUGAGGCUGCAAACCAGAAGGACACGGAUGCUGCUGACCGGUCAGAUGAGAAAAGACCAGAUGAAACUCAUGAGCAAGUCACUAAUGACGAGAAGGGCUCUGUGACCACCAAAGGUGAAAAACACUCACUUUCCCAAACUGACUCGUCCAGCUGCGUUGAGACUUCAAGAAGUAAGAGAAAGAAGAGGAAGAGGCAUGGUAAAAAAAAGAAAAACAAGGAGGAUAAGAAAACGAUCCCAGUCACUCAGGGAGACUCGGCAAAGCAGGAACGAGAGGAAUUACCAACUACUGCAAUUACAGAGUCUGUAACAACCGGUGAUCAAGAGCAAAGUGUUUGUGACCCCAUUGAGUCCUGUGUUCAAGAUAAUGGAGAAACCUUGCAAGCUCGUGUGGAGUCCACACAACCCGCAGUGGAACAACCAUCAACUGAGAAAGCAGGGAAAGAGCUUUGUCACAAGGAGUCUGCCAAACAACAGGCAUCCUCCUCUGAAACAGACAGCUCAAAGAAAGACCCGGAAACUGGUGACGGCAUCAAGAAAAGAAAUGAGAAAAGGAGGAGACAACAUGAAAGGAAGAAUUCUCAAAAGCGAAGUAAAUUUGCACAGAUUUCCGAUAUGGAGGAGCAAGUGGCAAAACCUGCCGCAGACCAGGCCGACAUGGAUCCAAGGAGAGGUGGAGAAAUAAGAGCUGAGGUGUCAGAAUUACAAGUUGAAAGUAGGGACCUUGGUGCUUCUCAGGGUAAUACGAGCCAGAGAGAGGACACAACCAAGCAGAUGACCGAUAACAAUCAGUCAACCAGCUGCCGCGGGAGCAAAGGAGGCUCGGUGCAAGAAACUCACAAAGGCAGUCAAACCGAGGGUGGAACCAAAACGGAAGACAACAAGAAUGUUUCUGAAGCAAAAGCAAAGCAGGAAGACAAGAAACAAUCUAGUGAUCAGAAUCAAACAGCAACUAAUCCUUAUCCAUUGGUACCAGAUAUGAUCAUUAUUCACGUCCAUGUAAUGCUUCCAAAAAGAAUUCGCUUUAAUGAAAAUUGUGACAUCUUGUUGAUAUUAGAUGAAGGUGGAAGCAUAGAAGUUACAAACUGUUCUGUCCGAAACUAUCAGGAUUGUGGAUAUCUUAUACAAGGACACUUGUACGUAGGUCUUCAUGUCAAGGGAGCAAGUAUUCCCUAUUGGUAUGGCGUAAGGAACAGAGGUGAAUUCAUUCAAGAAUCUGCUUUACGGCAUUUACAAAUACCUUCUGAUCUAACGGAAAACGAAUGGCACCAAUAUGAUGACAUCGCACACUUUCCAGAAUCGCGAUUUUUUUCAAACUUCAGGACAUUUUGGAGCAACCCAGCAGAAAAAAUUGUUCAUAUGAAGUGUGAAGCAGGCAGAAUUAUGCUGCAGACUAUCUUUGAACUCCUCUGCGAUCUGAAUAAUGAAAGAAUCAAACAAUUUUUGACACAACUGAGGCAGUUUCAGCAUUGCUACCAGACAUCAACGCAACGCGGAUGGUAUCCAGAUGUGUCAGUAAUCAAUUUUAGUGAAACACAGGUUAAAGAAUUGAUCUGUGAGCAACUGAAGAGGUUUCUGGCUCCUCAUACUCAGGUGGAAGCUACGAAGAAAGCAAAGUCCAACGUAAUUGUGAAGAACCGGUUUAGAGAUGCAAUCUUGGCAUUUCAGAUCCGGAACAAUUGCUCUCUGCAGUUAGAUAAAAGUGUCAUAGCAAACAUCUGUCACAUGCUGCAGCUUCCUCAGAAAAGGACAGAUGACAUUCUUCAACACCUGGAAGAAGCUGGGAAGUUAUUCUCACCUUUUUCUUAUAUAUGCGUCGGACUGAUCAAUUAUUGUAUUCAAGAGGAAGUUGUGGAGUUGGUGCUGAUCAUACCUCUUCUUCACUGGUUCUUAAAACACCAUCAACCACACGAAGCUGAUUUUAUGGCGAGUAAAAGUGCUGCUUUUUGUAACAGAAUAAAAUCCCAUCCAGACAAAAGAAGCAAAUUGCUGGAGCUUGUCCAGAAAAACAAACCUCUUACGGAGACUGACCCCACGCUGGUCCAGAGCUGGCUUUCACUGAUUGUGACCGAGGACAUUCCAGAGUAUGCAAAAGGCAUGGAAAUGCCCCUGAAAAUGGUUAUAAUUGAUCUGCUACACAGACUCGAAGACUAUGAACAGAAAAUGAACUCUCCAAAUUUUAAAUCCGAUGCUCAAGACAUUCAGGCCUUUGGAAAAGUCAUCUUGUACGUUAAAGAUGUGAUGGGUCAACAACAAGAAAGAUUCAAUGCCUCUGAGAUGAAAGAAACUGACCUGAAAUUGGGCAGUAAGAUUCAUGAAAUUACCUGCCGACUGGUUAAAGGGAUAGCAUUGUUCAAAGUUCCAGAAAUUUCAUUUCAACUUGUAAUGGAUAUUGCUGAGAGAAUUCAAAUGUUCUUAACAAAGAAAUCCCCAAAUGACCUUUCUCAAGAAGAAAACCAGCUCCAUGUUAAUUUAAAAUCUGCUGUGGAAGGUGCCCAAGAUUGCCUCCGAACCUGGAUAACGAAAGUUUUGACGACUGGGAUGCUUUCCCGAAAGAAGGAAAUCAAGCUCAAUUGUGACAAGGAACUGGAGAUGUGGAGUUGCCACUUGGCUAUGGACUGUCGUGUUGAAGAAUGGACCACUCAAUGGAGAAGUGUGGCAGAAAAUAACCUCACAAAAAGAAUACAAAAGGAAAACCCUUCUGACCAGAUCGAAAUCUACUGGAAAGAGAAGGAAAAGUUAAUUGACAUAAGCACAACCCUCGCCAACUGCUUUGAGACCUGUGCACUUAAAGCUGUCCCCCAACUCUGCCAGAGCAAGAAGGAGGUGGAACUGCUUCUAAAGUUACGUCCCUGGGAAAACAAAAAAAAUCCAAAUAUUUUAUCCAAACUGAUCGAAGAGUCCUGGCAGAGGCUGACCUCGAGCACCGAUGGAGAGGUUGGGGACAUUGGGUGUGUGCUCAGUUCAGAUUCUGCCCUGCAUUGCUGCCUUCUACAAGGUGACUGCAGUAAACUCAACGUGUUGGAAGAAGCAAGACGUCUGCUCACCAGGGCUGAGGACAGUUUUCACACGCUGGUUGAAUGCCUAUACGAAGGUUCUGUGAAGCUCGCUGAUCUCAAGUUGGUACUGCAAACAAGAAAGGAAUACAUUGACUUAUUUCAAGCACAGCAAAAGAUGCCAGUAAGCCGGGACAAGUGCUUCUUUCAAGUUGACGUCGAAAGUCUUUUGACAAGGAGACAGAAAGAAUACGAAGCCCUUUUGCGUGAAAAGGAAUGCACUGGAACACUUAUAAAAAUGAUCAAUAAAAUUCACGAGAAAAUUAAAGUCACCGACACUGCGUUCUUUGAAGAAAAAUACAAGGCAAACAUUCAGGCCAUGAGACUCAAUGAGCUCGUCAGAACGAAACGCUGGACAAAGGACGAAGCUGAAAAUAAGAAGGUCGUUCAAGUGAUGCAUUUUAACCUGAGCAGUGAUAUUGCACUCAUGGCAGAUAGAAUGCAUGAACAUAAAGAGAGCAGCGUUCUCCUAAAAUUCUGGGUGGAGGCUUCUGAAAAAUCUUACCACGAUGAACUAACUUUGGAAGAUCUCCAGGAUUCGAUCUGGGAUGUUUGCUGGAACAAUUAUGAAAACCUUUGCCAUAAAAUUGCAAAGGGCACGGUAACGUUCCAGGAGGUUGACAGGAUGUUCUUGGAACUCAGUCAAUGCCCUGCUGAUAUUAAGACCGAGAUGGACAUCAUGUCCAAAGGGACCACAGAUAAAGGCUGGACAGAAAAACGAUGGAAACAAAUCAAAGAAUAUUAUGAUCUUCAUUUAGCUGCUGAAUCUGCGGAAGUCAUUCAGGACAUUGUGAAGAAGUUAGAACUACGUGGAGACUUCACAACAAUCCAGAACAUGACCAAAAUAAAUAAACCUUCCUUCAAGGAAAAAACUCUAGAUUACAUUGACAGAUCCUUACUGCAAACAAAACAGCGAUUGGUGAAAAUGAAUCCAGAGUGCAGAAAGUGCUUAGAGGAAUUCAUUCGGUGUCAAGAAUUUAUAAAAUGGGUGAAAGAAGCUUUGAUCAACUUAAAGGAAGUAAAAGUGUUUGUGGACCUGGCUUCCAUAUCAGCCGGAGAGAAUGACAUGGAAAUCGAUCGAGUCGCCUGCUUCCACGAUGCUGUGAUGGGCUAUUCCCCUUUCAUUUAUGACCUGCAACCAGAUACGGAUUUGAACCAACUAAUAGGUUGCGCGGAAAAAGUCUGGAAGGCAUUGAAGAAUGAUCAAGGCCUGACGGUUAAACUGGGAGACUCAGCCCGUUAUUUGGAAUGGCUGAAAACCCUGAAGGAGAGUCACGGAUCUGUGGAAACAUCUUCCCUCUCCCUAGCAGCUGCCAUCAACAGCAAAGGAGUUUACACAGUGGGCAACAAUGGGCGAUUGUGUGACAAAAAGGUGUCGCUUGCGAGCAUCCUUCGUUUGUCUCUAUACGACGAGAACACCAAAGAAGCUCGGGAAUACACACUGGAGGAACUGCAGGAAUUGCUGAACAAGUUGAUGCUGAUGUCCGGGAAGAGAGCGCGUGGGAAGGAGGAAGUUGCCACAUUUAUGGAGAAUUUCAGUAACGUCCAAAGACUUGGAAAAGCGUUUAUUGAAUUGUACUCCUCCGGAAACAUGCUUUAUAGAAAUUGGAAGGCAUUCGUACACUGUGAUGCAAAGAGUGAAGUAUGCAUAACAAUGGACUUCAGUGCAGAAAACAUUGGACUCCUGACUGUGGAUGGAAAUCUCUCUGAGCAGCUGGAGAUCUUGUGCAGAGCGAUGGAACUGUGCCUUGAGAACUGGUACAAGUUCAUGAAGGAGACCAGAGCGAGGUUCUACAAUCUGAAUUACUACACGGCAGAGCAGAUUGUGUAUCUGUGCACCGAGCUCGGAGCUCUCUCUGCGAGGAAGCCCUUACCUGAGCAGGUGAUGGUUAUGCUGUCCUUCGUUAAACCUGACUGCACCGUGGAGGACGUGAGAUGGGCAACGCCUCAGUCAAUGGUGCAGAAUGAAAGUUCUGAAGAGGCGGAUGAAGACGUGGAGGUGGAGGUGGUGGAGGUGGAGGUGGGUGAGGAUGAAGAGGUGGAGGAAUAUAGUGACACUGAGUUAGAAGCGUAUAAGUGUGACUCUGAUGAUGUGGACCCAUGUUUAUCAGAGUGCAGCCUUUCUCCUCAGCCAUUCCGUUUGGAUCAUUGCAAGGAGGUGACUGAGGAAAUGGAAUUCCAACAAAUGCAGCCGCCAGACACUCAAGGCGAAGAAACGUCCAACUCCCAGUCACCGGACAUGUCUUCCCGUCCAAGUGCACGUCUGCUUCACAGCCAAAAAGCAGCAGGCCUCUCUGAAAAGAUUGCCGCCAUUUGGGAGACCUUCAUGAACGAUAUGACGGUUUUCUUAGCGGGCAAUUUGGAUGUAACUAAUCUUGGCGAGCUCCUGAACGAUCUCUCGGGUUUGAAUAAAAUCUCCGUCACUCGCCAUCUUCCUCCAUCCCUGUAUCAGGGGAGACCCAACCUGGUGGUUUGUGCAGAGCCUGAGGUCUUCCGAUCAGCUCUCUGCCUUUACACACAGAGCCCAAAGCAGCCAUUGCCGACCUACGAUGAAGUCCUAGUGUGCUCAGAGAAAACCACUUACGAAGAAGCGGAACUGUUUCUGAGGAGAGCCUUGAGCAGGGGGUCUUGCGAUCAGAAAAUUUACACGCUGAUCCACGCUGAUCGCCUGACAUAUGACGCCAGCGUGAGAUUUGGGGACCUCUUUGAGGAACUAAAGCACCAGUCUAAUUGCGAGUAUCAGUUUGUGGUGAUCUGUGAUGCUAAGCGCCAGCACUGCUACAUCCCGUCGUACUUCAGCUGCUACAAAGUACAUAUAGGACUGAACGUUAAACCAGAAAACAUUCAGAUGUACCUGCAAUACCAUUUCACUGUGCCAAAAGAGCGCGACUCUGCAGCUCGGGUUUUCCACGAUAGACUUUCAGUCCGAAUUGUGUCAUCAACAAGACCUGGAGUGGGGAAGUCUCUCUAUGUUGAUCGACUUCAUGAAAAGCUGCUGGAGCGUUACCCUGGAGGCCACGAUGCUCUGAAUCGAAUCCGAUUAAUCGAACCAGUUAUUGAUGAAAACCAGCUCGUUCAAAAGCUGACCCCUCCUUCAGGACAGCCGAGAAUAUUCCACAUUGACGCAGCACCUGUGAGGAAAAGAUUGGAAGAAUUCCUUUUCAAGAUUCUUAUCCUGGGAUUCCUAAAGAACAGCGCGGGGAUGAUUUGGAAGCGUAGUGAGACUCAUCUGCACAUUGUGGAGCUCCUCAAUAGUAAUAAACACCAGCCCCAACAGGCAAACCUGGGACUUCUAGGAAUUCUACCAACCGUUCACUGUCGGACACCACGAGAGGUCCGUGUCCUUGAAUUAAGGAAGCGUCGACACGAACUCCCCAAUUCAUUGGAUCCCCUGAUGGACAGGAAAGAGUUUCACAGUGAAGCCAUCCAGAGGCCGUAUCAAUAUCUCCGCAGAUUCAGCAAGGGUUCAAACCUCGAUGAGUUCACACACCGGAAAGGCAGCAUUGAAGAAGAUCCCGUGGAAUGUCUGGUCCUGUUUUUACAGUACUGUGGGCUGAGGGACCCGUCCUGGGCAGAGCUACGGAACUUUUCCUGGUUCCUAAAUCUUCAGCUAAAAAGCUGCGAGUCGUCCAUGUUCUGCAACCCUACCUUUGUCGGAGAUACCCUUGUUGGCUUUAAGCUAUUCAUCGUGGAAUUCAUGAUCGUCAUGGCUCGAGAUUUUGCAACCCCAUCCAUGAGCAUUUCAGAUGAAAGCCUGGUCCUCUCCAACCUCUGUGAGGAUGAAGACCUGCUACCGUAUAUACUGAGGAAAAGGUGGGAGACUCAAUCUCACCCUUACAUAUUUUUCAAUGCGGACGGCUUCUCCAUGACGUUCCUUGGCUUCCACUUGAGAAAGAAUCGUGGCGGUGACUUCAACGCAGUGGAUCAUCACACCGGCGAGGUCCUGAGGGGAAAUGUCAUGAGUUCCCAGCUUCACCACGGGCUCACCCUUCAGACAAUCCAAUUCAAUGAGGAUUUCGAUGGGCUUUCUAGGGAAGUUAAAAUCAGGAAGCUCUCCCUGGUGCUGGGAGUCACAGACGCGACGGACCCAGAUACGACCUAUGAGCUGACUGCGGACAACAUGAUGAAAAUGCUUGCCAUACACAUGCGUUUCCGAUGUGGCAUCCCUGUGAUCAUCAUGGGUGAGACGGGCUGUGGGAAAACCAGGCUGAUUAAAUUCCUCUGCGAUCUGCAGAAAGGCAAGCGGGAAACGGAAAAUAUGAAGCUCGUCAAAGUCCAUGGAGGAACGACAGCACAGGCAAUAUAUGCAAAAAUUCAGGAGGCAGAGAAGAUGGCCAUUCUCAACAAGGAGCGACACAAUUUGGAAACGAUCCUGUUCUUUGACGAAGCCAACACCACGGAGGCCAUUUACGCCAUCAAAGAAGUUCUCUGCGAUAAAACCAUCCAGGGCAGAGCAAUGAAAUGCCACACGGGGUUGAAAAUAAUAGCAGCCUGUAACCCAUACAGGAAACAUUCGGAAAUAAUGAUCAAACGACUGGAAAUGGCUGGGUUGGGAUAUCGUGUUAAGGCAGAAGAGACCGACGAUAAACUGGGGAAAGUCCCUUUGAGACAGUUGGUAUACAGAGUUCAGCCGUUACCACCAAGCAUGAUUCCACUGGUAUGGGACUUUGGACAACUCAGUGACUUGGCAGAAGUAGCUUACACAAAGCAGAUUGUGCAAAGGUAUAUCCAGAAUCAUCAUCUUCCCUUCAGUUGCACUCAAGACAUAGUCAAGGUCCUUGCUGUCUCACAAAUGUUCAUGCGGCAGAAAAAGGAUGAGUGCAGUUUUGUGAGUCUACGGGAUGUAGAGCGUUGCAUGAAGGUUUUGGUGUGGUUCUAUGAGCAAAGAGAACUCCUUUUCAAUUACCCAAGCCCAAAUAUUAAUCUCUUGCAAGCUCUGAUGCUAACAGUAGGCGUGUGUUACUACCCUUCACUUGUGCACAAGGGAAAGUAUUUAGAAGCCAUUUGCCAUUAUUUCCCUGAACCUUAUAAUUCCCCCGCUGCAAUCCUGAAAGAAAUUGUAAGUUGUCAAGACCGUUUUCUGCGAGACAUAAAAAUGAGGGAAACCAUAGCUAAGAAUGAGGCCUUGAAAGAGAAUGUUUUCUUAAUGGUCAUCUGCAUUGAGCUCAGAAUCCCGCUCUUCCUCGUCGGGAAACCCGGCAGCUCCAAAUCUCUGGCAAAGACUGUUGUGUUGGACGCCAUGCAAGGGCAAGCUGCCCACUGCGAUUUAUUUAAGCACCUGAAACAAGUCCACAUGGUGUCCUUCCAGUGUAGCCCCCACUCAACCCCGGAAGGAAUCAUCAACACCUUCAAACAAUGCGCCCGUUUUCAACAGGCCAAGAACCUGCAGGAGUACGUUUCUGUGGUGGUCUUGGACGAAAUCGGCUUGGCUGAGGACUCACCACAGAUGCCCUUGAAAACCCUUCACCCGCUCUUGGAAGAUGGCUGCGUGGAUGAUGACCCGAGCCCUCAUAAGAAAGUCGGCUUCAUUGGAAUCUCCAACUGGGCCCUGGACCCUGCCAAGAUGAACCGUGGCAUUUUCGUUUCCCGAUUGGAUCCGUGCGAGAAGGAGCUCAUCGAGACGGCCAAGGGGAUUUGUUCAUCGGGCCAAGCGGUGCUACUGAAGGUUCAGGAUCUCUUCCCCAGCUUUGCUAAAUCGUACUUGGAAAUAUGCAGCAAGCAAAGCGGUCAGUUCUUUGGGCUUCGUGAUUACUACAGCCUUGUGAAAAUGGUCUUCGCCACAGCCAAGGAGUCCAAGUGCGAACCGACGGAUGAUCAACUGGCCGAAGCUGUGCUUCGCAAUUUCAGUGGCAAGGAUCAGUUCAGCGCCCUGGAUGUCUUCCUUCCCUCAAUGACCCGCUUGUCUGAGACGAGUACUCUUCAGAUGGUGAACAAGAAUAUCAGGGCGGAUGGAGACUGUCGUUACCUCCUCCUUCUUACCAAAAACUACGUUGCCCUUCAACUUGUGCAACAGCAUAUCUUUCAGGAAUUGGGAGUUACCCCUGAGAUCAUAUUUGGAUCCAGUUUCCCAAAAGAUCAGGAAUACACGCAAAUUUGCAGGAAUGUAAAUCGAGUGAAGACCUGUAUGGAGACUGGUAGCAUCGUGAUUCUUCUGAAUCUGAAGAACUUGUACGAAAGUCUUUAUGAUGCUUUGAACCAGUAUUAUGUGUAUCUUGGGGAGUAUCAGUAUGUGGAUCUGGGGCUCGGAACACACAGAGUCAAAUGUAGAGUGGACAAAAAGUUUCGGCUGAUUGUAGUUGAAGACAAGGACAUUGUCUAUGAACAGUUUCCCAUUCCCUUGAUCAACAGGCUUGAGAAGCACAGCCUAGACAUGAGCACUGUGCUUAGUCUCCAACAGAGAACGAUAGUCGAGCAAUUGGAGGCGUGGGUUAAGGAAUUUGUGGCCGUGAAGGCAAGAUUUGCAUCGGAGGCCAAACUAUCAUUAACCCCUUCAGAAGUUAUCAUUGGGUUCCACUCUGAUGCCUGUGCGAGUGUGCUACUGCAGGUUCUGGACACGGCCCAUAUGGCAAAUGAAGAGAUCUGUGAUACCAGAUCCGUGUUCAAUUCAGCAAAACACCUUCUCCUGAACUGUGUAACUCCAGAUGCUGUGGUUCGUUUGAAGUCCUCCAAGCUCGGAGAUCAUGAGGCUAAGGAACUCUGGGCAGAGUAUUUCGUUAAGCAACGUCAUAGGUCUCUGAGUGAUUACAUCCAGCAACAUCUUAAGCACACAGAGACAAGACAACGCAAGUUUGUCGAGGUAACGACCUUUUCAAGGCUGCUCACCCAGUCGGACAUCAAGGUCCUUAUUAAAGAGCUUCACGUUGACCCUGGGUGGUUUCGCCUUCUGUUCCUUCACCAGUUUGACACCGAGCAUUCGUUCUGUAAAGAAAUCAGAGAGUGCAUUUUAGGCUUUGAUAUUGGAACCCGAGUGCUGCUGAUACAAAUGGAUACUGAAGAGUCUUCUCAAAGCAUGGAGCUGAUUGCCUCUGCCAAGUACUGCGCAAUGAAUGAAAUGAAUCUGGUGCAUUCACCAAACUGCUUUGUGUAUUUUGUCACAAAACUCUCCAGAGUUUCCGGUGGAUCCAAACACAUUGGAUUUCAAGGAGGUCAAUGGUUGUCGGUCCACAUUGAUGACUUGAUGGAGUGCGAGGAGAUGGAAUCUGAUAUGUCAGCGUUCUGCAGUGUUACCAUCAGUGAGCUGUUUGCUAAGGAGUCAGGUCCGCCAGCAGAUACAGGAAUGAAUAUUGAAAACGAGACCCGCGAGGAAGAUCAGGCAACCGAAGAAAUGCCUUUGCAGGAGAAUCCGAACAUCCUUAACACGACAUUGCUGUUGCAAAGCUGCGUGCAGAGAGCAGUAGGAAUAAUUCGCGACGGGGAGGAUGGAUCCGGUCGCAGCACAGAGCGGGUCCGGAUACUCCUGGACCUCAUGAGGGAAGAUGGGGAUGAUGAAGAGUGCUUUCUAAGAAUGGUCAAACAGAGAGUGAAAGUGCAACUGCAAGAGCGUGAGGAGACGUCCCUGUACCCUAGGGAAUGGAUGUACAAUGAGGCACUGAAACUCGAUGCUCUGCAGGAAGGGGGCACUUUCAGACACACUCUGUGGAAGUGCAUUCAGAACGUGGUUGCUCCGAAUCUGGCCCAGCUGAUAUCCGUCCUAGACCGAGACUAUAACCUGAGCCUCUUGGAUGAUCCUGGAGUUAGCCACGAAAUUAAGAAGGUCUGGCUGAACAUCUUCAGUGACAUACAGAUACUGAAAGUAUCACACCAGACUGGAAACAUGGGGCCGAACACACAGGAAGUUAGAGUUGACCACAGGCUGAGGAUAGGCAACGUGGAGACCCACUGUGCUGCACCUUUUAGCUGGCUUAUCAAGGAAUACAUUGACCAGCUGUGGGUAGAAUUUCAGUUUGCAGAAGGUGCAGCUGACGGAGACAAAGCAAAAAUGCUUAGGUUCGUAGACCAAUGCAGCAAAAGUCAACUCGGGCAGUAUUUGGAAUGUCAGAGUGCAGAAGGGAAACAUGACCUUGCACAGAGAUACCUGAGGGAUUUCAUUCUCAUGACCAUCAACAUUUCAUCAUCUGCUGAACUCAAGGUUUUCAAGGUAUCGCUUAUUUCUUGCUUGAAUGAACUUCAGAACAACGGUCAUCUAACUCAAGAGCACUCACCUGCCUGGAUACACACAGCUUACAGAGUUUUCAAAAAACGUCUUCAAAGCUUGUCCAGAACAAUCAUGGUGUAUCCAGGAGUGCUGCAGGCUCUUCAACACUACAUACAGGAGACAUUGAGUCCCGACCCCCAGGAGAUGACUCUUGACAUUUGUGCAGCAUGGGCGUGUGCUGAGAGGGCUCAGGCAUUAGACAUUGUGCAGCUGGAAGACUGCAAACGCCUGAUAGAGACCAUGGAAACUCUCCAGGCAUCAGUGGAGCUCGUAUACGAUAAACACUACAUCAGAUCGUUCAGUCAGACAUGCCAGCGAAGCAUUGCUCAAGUCAGAUCGAGCUGGGACGGUGUGCUUGUGUUGGCUGUGUUUAUCGAACAUGUUGUCCUGACUGCCAAUGACAUUGACCCCAGGUUUCUAGACAUUGCCGUAAAACAUUGCUCACGUCUUCAAAAGAUCCUCAGAGCGUCUUCUGAUCUGAAAAAGAAAGAGACUGUUAAGGGAGUGAUGGGAGUACUUCAGUCCUGCAAUGAAGAGGCCAGUUACUUGGACUGCAAGUACGGCAUCAGAGAAUGUCCGAUCUGCCUUGGCGUUCCAAAGGAUCCAGCCUUACUGCCCUGUAAACACGUUGUUUGCAUCGACCAUCUUAGAAUCUGGUUGCAAAAUAGGAAGACGUGUCCGAAAUGUACGGAACCUGUGCCAAGUACCUAUCAAAUACAAGUCUCUUCCCAGCUGAAAAGUGCUUUGAAAAAGCAUGACACCUUACGUCAGAAGUGCAAUUCGUUUUUCAUGGAAGUUGUUUCCAGAUUUUGCUUCCGAGAAGAUUCCCCACCAUCUGAUGAAGUGAUCACGUUGCUGCUAUCUUUGCUGAUUGCGGUCAGAAGCUGCCCUGAAGGUGACAGUUACCAGACCAGGACUCUCACCCCAUUCUCCGAAUGUGUGGACGCUAGCCCUAAAAUACGUUCAGUGCUGCUGAAGCUUAUGUUGCAUUACAGUUUUGAGAAGGUGAAAACCUUCAUGCAAACUUACCUCUCAAACCUGGAGGAGAAGAUUUUUGAUGAGGACGAUCUGAAGGAACUCUAUAUCCUAUUCAUCAACUGCUUCGAGGACUCGAUGUAUGGAGAGUUUGAACGUUUGGAAGGACUUGGGAAUCUGAAGCUGCUGAGGUAUAAUUGCAGCUUUACCAGCAGAUUUGCCAGGCGCCAAGUUCGUAAAUAUGAAGAAAACGCUGCCGAGUUCUUACAGGACAUUGCCAGGCUGCGCUUCUGUUUCAGCCUCGCUGCUCAGCUCAUGGCUGAGAUACACAACAGGACAGACCUAACACAGGGUGUGAAGUACGAGAAAGAAAAAAGAGACCUCUUGGAGCACAUCAGAAUGAUUUGUUUGCACUGCGACAACGACUGGUACCGGGUGUAUUUAGUGCGGACACUCUACGAUCAGUAUGGAAUGGACUUCAUACAGUCUCUACUUCAGCGCGAAGACUGGAGCUGGGUGUUUCCAGACAUAAUUAUUAAACUUCAGAGGGACUUCCCUGUGCAGUUGGAUCGCUUUGUUUUGUGUGGAGAAGAUUAUCAAGAGAUACGCGAUGAAGUGGCCAAGGUGGUUUUGAAUUGUCAGAUGCAUGAUAUCUCAAACAAAAUAAAAAGCCUGAAGUCCCCCGCAAGUAACCAGCAGGUUUACUUAGCCAUGGCUUUCUUCCGUGAAGUUACCUGUGCAUUUGCAUUGACGGAUCGCACCCUACACCCUAGUCCAAAGACCGUUAGCCUUUUGCAGAAGUUUAUUGAAGACAGUAACAUCCUGGAGGCUUCCCCCUUGAAGACUCUGUGCACAGCUUUGGUGGCGAACGAACUGGGAAUGCCCGGAUCCCUUCUGAGAGUCUCGGCAACACAGCCAGCCCCACAACGCAUCCUGACUGAAAUAAUCAUUCACGCGGCUUUGGUUUUCACCUGUGGCAAAAUGGUUUUGCUGGCCCCUCUCCGCAAUAUCGCCUUCCAUUCCGAAAGGAUGAGGAACGCUUAUUUCCCUACCAUGCCCGAAGAUCUGCGUAGCGAAGCUAGACGCUGGGCAAUGAAAGAGAAGUGGUACACUUGCAGUAAUGGCCAUGAUUGUUUGGUUGGAGAGUGCGGAAGACCGAUUGAAGAAUCUACCUGCCCUGAUUGUGGUGUACGAAUAGGAGGAACACGUCAUACGCCUUUGCAAGGAUUUACUCUUCAACCAAAUCGCUCUGACGAAACUCAGAAGGGUCACAUCUUGGGCAGAGCUUCGAAGAGUGAUGAAAUCAUCGCACCUGAUCGCCAAAUGACGCCUGUUGCUUUCUUGCUACUGCGAACACUGACCCAUGUUUCAAUGAUGCUCGGGACUAUUUCUAAUAGCCAGGUUAUUACAAACAUGAUUAGGCCGCAGGUGAACAAUGUUUCGAACUUUUUGUAUCACCAUCUGGAAAACAAUUUGGAGCAGCUGCGAAAGCUCCUGGGGAAGAACAUCGAUGACACAGCUACCUGCGUCCACCUGGUACUGGACAGAUUGCUCAAUCAGCCAAAUGAACGCCCAAGUGGAUGGAGUGAAGAGCUUGGAUCAAAGAUAGAGAGGAAUGCAUGGGAAGUCCAGUUCAUCAAAGUUCUUAUUUCUCCACUGCUAAAGGAUCUAGACAAACUUUUGUCAGAUGUAGGCAAACGUAUGAGCAGUGACAGUCGAAUCGGUGGGAGUCCCAUUGUUAAAAUGCUCUACGGAGAUCCAUCGGAAAUGCUGACCUUUCCUCACGUGAAGGGUCUGAACUGUUCUUCUGCCUGGAUGUGCCAGGGUCAGAUAUCCGUGGAGAAGUUCACUCACAUUGUAGAGCAGAAGGAUGGAAAGAAACGGACUCCUAUCCUGUGGCAAUUUCUUCAAAAGGAAAGACACAUACAGAUGCUUAGCAAUCUUCCUGAUCUUCUCAGACUCCAGUAUGAAUUGAUAAGGACUUUUCAAAGUGCCCCAGACACAAGACCAAAGACCAUUGGCCAGUUUCUGCAGCAAAUGCCUCCAGGUCAAAGACAUAAUUUUGAGAGGAAGGUAAAGACUUUCAUUGACGUAUGGAACCAGCUGAGUUCAUUGCUGGCAAAACAGAAUGGAAAAAUUCCCAGAGAAUUCAUUGACAAGGAUCUAACUUUCCAAAGCCCGAUUGAAGUUCUUUUGCCACAGCAACAGGGUCCCGGUCUCUGUGCCACUGAACUUAGCAAGUUCCUCGUUGGGAUUCAGAAUGAUCUUCUUGGGGCCGUCAAUCAUCCUCAAAAAUAUUCCAUCAACCCAGAAGAGGUAUCAGAUGCACAUUUAAUCCUCUGUGAUUCUGAAAGAGACUUCAUUCCGUUAGUUUUAUCAAACUGCCAAUACACGCUAGAAAAAGGGCAGGAGACUUCAUCAGAGUAUGACAUUCUGAAUGUUGAAAGACAGCUUAUACGACAAUUCCUGAAAGGGAAACCAACCAUAACUGACUCCAAAGUUCCUAAAUUCGUAGCGCGGCACGAAAGAGAUUACUCAAACAUCUUUAAGGAACUCAAAGCAAAGAUUCCACAGGAAUCCUUGCCACUCUCGGUCUGUGCUGCAGUCACAGCUGUCCUCAAAUCCUAUAGUGACAGCUGUGAUGCCCUGGAAAUCAUCGAGAUCACUGUUGGAUUCCUAGCUACUGCAGGAGGAGCUCCAGAUAACCUUCUUCUCACUUACCUGAAAGAUACUUUAUACAUGGCUCAACGGGCAAUUGCUUGCGUUAGCAAGGCCUUUGAAGGGUGUAGACUGAAGCACACUGUGUCCCUUUGGCAGCUGCUGUCAUCUUGGAAAUCAGAGUCCAUGCUAGGAACAAACAAGGACCCAUUUGAGAGGAUUCCGAAGGAAUACAAAGAGCAUUUACUCAGUAAUGAAGAGGUGGAGUUGAGGACAUUCUUUGCCAAUACUGACAUCAAUACAUUUCUCUGGGAACUGCAUGAAAUCCUGGUCUUAAAGAUUGGUCAACCCAAUCUAGAGAACAAAUUUCGACCAGACUGGAGCCUGCGAGACACUCUUUCUGUUUACCUGGAAUCGAAGGGUUCUGAUAUCCCUCCCAGGCUAGAGGACGAAUUUCCUGAGCACCUCCUUCUAGAAAAGAGCAUCCAAAUUUGGAAGCUGGCAGCAAACUUCAAGAGGAAAAAUCGAUAGCUUAACUCUCAGAGAACCUCUUGACCACCCACUGCUUUCAAGAUCACAAGAGGGGCUUGAAUGAAGAAGGACAAUUUGAUCUUACCUUUUCUCAAUAUCCACCCCACCUUCCUCCCAUCACAGCAUCAAGCUAUUUCGCAAAUGAGUCCAGUGGCUUCAAUCAUCCUUCUGUUAACCUGUUCUGUUUGUUACUUACUUUCCAGGUAAAGAAAUACUUCCUGGUGUCUGAUCUGAAAUUGCCCCUUGCAACCAUAAUAAUGUGGUGAUGCGUUUGAACAGUAAGGAAGUCCUUACUUUAAUCAUGAAUCAAUUAGGUAUUGUAACAUUGAGGAUUCUGAUGUUUUAUAUGACUGAAAAGGUUAUGCAUUGGGUUAUAACAAUGACUCAACACAGUUAGAAUAUUACAACAACCAUUUGAUUUAUUUUUCAUUCUGCUGUAUCCUGGGCAAUCACUUGAAUGUUUGGGGUGGGGAAAGGGCGUAGGAACUUUUGAGCUUUUAAAAUCCGAAGGCACGUUCCCUGCAAGUCACAUGUCUGUACACUUACUGCCUUUCAACGGUUCAGUGAUAUGAACAGGUUUCAAUCUGUGUGCAGUUCAUCAAAAAAAGAACACAGUACUUUGACUGUGGGGAAUACAUGCCUCUUUGCUGCUGUUUUUUUAUAUACUUAAACACUCUUACUACUCACAUUCCAUUUCAAAAGAAAAUAAUUUUGCGUCCCUCCCCCUGGGUUCAUUUUUUGUCUUUUAAAAAAUGUUUUAAUUAAAUAUGUCGACCUCUGCAGAAAAACCCUCUUGCCGUUUUUCCUGAUAAUUUCGAAAAUAUUUAUCGUUUCGUAAUUUCUUAGUCCGUUUCUGGUCCCCGCGCGAUUCUGUUUAACAAAAGAAAUACUCAUAAGAUUUUGACUAGCGGUCGGAAUUCAGGCCCAGUCCUUGCCAACCGCUCUGAACAAACUCACGGGCUGAAUGCGUCCUGUCACAAUGGAGCCUAUUGGCGUUAUUUUACCUGUAGUUUUGUGGGAAGCAAAUAAGAAAGAAACAAAAGCGGUUUUGGUGAAUGUAUCAAUAAAGAGCGACAAAAGAUCAAA